AUGGACGGCUUUGACCCAUACACGCAGAACGUCACCUUCUUCCUUGCUGACGGCAAGACCGAGGUGCAGAUCCCCAUGCCCGUGCUCGAUGCAUUCCGCCGCGAGAUCACCAGCAUCUGCAUCAACUAUGGCACUCAGUUUGGUGCCUGUGUCAUCAUGCUCAUCACUCUUCUCAUCAUGACCCCCGCGGCCAAGUUCCGCAGGGCCUCCAACAUCCUUCACGUCCUGGGCCUCGUCGUCUGCGCCAUCCGCAUGCUCCUUUUGGGCCUCUACUGGCCCUCUGUCUUUACCGACUUCUACCACUUCUGGGCUAGGGACUACUCUCACAUUCCCCAGAGCGAGUUUGCCCGCAGCGUCGCUGCCAAUGUCAUGUCGCUCCUCCUCGUCAUCAUCAUCGAGCUCGCCCUCAUGAACCAGGCCUGGACCAUGGUCUCCCUCUGGCCCGACAUCUGGAAGUAUGUCAUUGUCGUCUCCUCGGGCAUCAUCACCCUCCUCACCAUCGCUUCCCGUAUCGCCUUUACCGUUCACCAGAACAAGGCCAAUCUGAACCUCGCCCCGGCGUCGAACAACUUAUGGCUUAUUCACUGGAUGGUGGUUAUGAAUGUCGUGUCCAUCAGCUGGUUCUGCGCCAUCUUCAACAUCAAGCUCAUCUGGCACCUCAUCUCGAACCGUGGUGUUCUCCCUUCUUACAAGGCCUUGACCCCGAUGGAGGUGCUCGUCAUGACCAACGGAAUCCUUAUGAUUGUUCCCGUCAUCUUCGCAGGUCUGGAAUGGGGUCACUGGAUCAACUUCGAAUCCGCCUCUCUGACCCUCACCUCCGUCGCCAUCAUCCUCCCCCUGGGCACCCUCACAGCCCAGCGCAUGGCCCAAAACGGCUCCAACUUUUCCUACUCAUCCGCCGGCGACUCGAGCGUCCGCUACAACGCCAGCUUUAGUGGACGCGGCGCUGGAAGCUCCAUGGUCCCCCUCAAGGCGUCCAGCUUCAGCACCCACCGCACCGCAACCACCGUCGAGCGUGCUCCGGCUGUCUUUGCCCGCUGCGAGGCUGGCAUGUCGUCUCGUGACCGCAUGAACCCCGUUGAUUUGGAGCUCGGCAAGUAUGACUCUGACUCUCAUGUUCGUGUCGAUCGGAACCUCACGCAGCACGAGGAACGGGUCUAG